GAGAGGGGCUCCGGGCCGCCGCACCGGGCUGUCCCCUGCUAGCCAGCUGCGGAGAGCUGCUCGCGGAGAUGCCCCGAGGGGGCGGUGGUUGAAGCGCAGCGCAGCGGACUGGACGCGGGCGCCCGUGGUCGCCUCGGCGACUCUUUACAAACCAGAGCUGCAGCUGCCGACGCGGCGGGGCGGGCCCGUGAGGGCGCUGAGGUCCGUGCUCCCCGCGUCCGUAACAGGCGCCCACUGCGGACUCGUCACCUCCCGCCUUCCCCGCGCCAGCCCCCCGCGAGCUGGCAGGAGGAAAUUGCGCGCGGCCCCUUUAAAUUUACCCAGGAGCCCUUAAAGGAGCCCCAGGGGCCCCAGACAGGAAUCCCCACCCCGGUCCAGCCCGCGCCGCCGAGCGAGCAGCCAGCCGUCCGUGCGGCCGGCCGCCCGUGAAUGCGCCCCGCGCCCGGGGGCCCCGCGCACCGAGCGCCCUGCGCGCGCCGCCGCCGGCUCCGCGGCCCCGCGCCCCGCCGCCCCGGGGCCCCCGCUCCUCAGCACAGCGCAUGGAGCCCGGCGGGGACCACCGGAGCCGGAGCGGCGGCGGCAGGGGCGGCCCCGGGCCCGCAGUGUCCUCGGCACGGGGCCGACGGCUGCCGCCCGCUUCAGCGAGCGGCGGCGCGGAGCCCGAGGAGGACGACGGCGGACAAGCUCUUCAGCUGGAAGGGGGUGCCUUGGGGUCCUGGGGGAGUACCCCCCUACCCUCCUCCAGGGCCAGGGGACCAGCAUCUUCAGGCAGGAAAUACUCAGAUCAUUGUGAGGCUCGGGCCUCGAGGCCAGGAAAGAGCCGCAUCCCUGGCAGGGACCAUCGGCGCUACUACCACGACCACUGGAGACUGGAGUACCUGAUGGACUUCAUUCCCUCCCGGCACGGCAUGGUGUGUAUGGUGUGUGGCAGCUCCCUGGCCACCCUCAAGCUCAGCACCAUCAAGAGGCACAUCCGCCAGAAGCACCCCUACUCCCUACAUUGGAGUACCCGGGAAAAGGAAGUCAUCAGCAACAGCUGGGAUGCCCACCUGGGGCUGGGGGCCUGUGGUGAGGCUGAGAGCCUAGGGGCCCAGGGGGCUGAGGAGGAGGAAGAAGAUGAAGAGGAGGAGGAGGGGGCCAACCUUCAAGCUUGCCCACCCAAGGGCCCAGGCAAAGCCCCAGCUGGUGGGGGCUGCCGGCGCCAGCGGCGAGGGACUCGAGGGGGCCCAGUGGCACCUCGGCGCCGGCGCCUGGCAGCCUCCCGAAGGGCUGGGGGCAGCAGGGGAGUGGGGGCCCGGCGCCUGGAGCGGAGGCUGAAGGAGUCCCUGCAGAACUGGUUCCGGGCCGAGUGUCUCAUGGACUACGACCCACGGGGGAAUCGGCUGGUGUGCAUGGCCUGUGGCCGGGCACUGCCGAGCCUGCACUUGGACGACAUCCGUGCUCACGUGCUGGAGGUGCACCCCAGCUCCCUAGGGCUCAGUGGCCCCCAGCGCAGUGCCCUGCUGCAGGCCUGGGGUGACCAGCCUGAGGCUCUGUCCGAGCUCAGCCAGUCCUCACCAGACGACGACCUCGUCCCCCAGGACCUGACCAGAAAGAGCCGGGACUCCGCCCCCGCUGCUGGAGCCCCCUCCUCUCAGGAUCUCAGCCCCCCAGACGUAAAGGAAGAGGCUGGCUGGGUGCCUGAGAGGCCCGGGCCGGCAGAGCAGGAGGAGGAGGCCGAGGAGGGCGAGGGAGAGGGCCAGAGGGCAGGCAUCUCGGUCCGGCCUCGGAGGGGCCGAGACCAUCGCCGCCACUACCAGGAGCGCUGGCGGCUGGAGUACCUCAUGGAGCUGGACGGUUGCCGGCGCGGCCUGGUGUGCAUGGUGUGCGGGGGCGCGCUGGCCUCGCUCAAGAUGAGCACCAUCAAGCGACACAUCCGCCAGCGCCACCCGGGCUCCACCAGCCUCAGCGGGCCAGUCAAGGCCCUCAUCGCCCAGGAAUGGAGCGAGAAGGCUGCACACCUGCUGGCCCUGGGGCUGCCCAGCCCGGAGUCCCCCAGCGACCCUGUCGCCCCCAGCACAGCCUCAGCCUCUGAGGAGGGGGGAGGGGCGCAGGAGGCGGAGCCAGAGGAGGAGUGGUGGGGCGACGCGUCGCUGUCCCCCGGGGCUCCAUCGGAGCGGCCUGCCGAAGAAGAGGAGGAUGAAGAUGACGGUCAGGAGCCCGGGGGGCUAGCCUUCCCGCCGCUACCACUGCCCCCGCCGCCACCUCCCCCGCCCCCGCCGCCUCGCAGUCGGGAGCAGCGGCGCAACUACCAGCCGCGCUGGCGGGGCGAGUACCUGAUGGACUAUGACGGCAGCCGGCGCGGCCUGGUGUGCAUGGUGUGCGGGGGCGCGCUGGCCACGCUCAAGGUGAGCACAAUCAAGCGACACAUUCUGCAGGUGCAUCCCUUCUCCAUGGACUUCACCCCAGAGGAGCGCCAGACCAUUCUGGAGGCUUACGAGGAGGCGGCACUACGCUGCUACGGCCACGAGGGCUUCGGGCCACCGGCCCCGGCGACGCGGGACGGCGGUGCGGACCUCAAGCCGGGCGCAGUUUGUCGCGCGUAGCACUCGCUCUGCGCUGGCCUGGCCCUUGGCAGAGAGACCCUGCAGUCUGACGCUCGGUUCCCCUGCCGGCCGGGCUGGGUUGGGGUUGGGGAGGCGCUGCCGGCGCGCACUGGCCCAGGGGUCCCGGCGCUCUUAGCUCGGGGGCCCGUGCUUCUCGAAAAGCCAAAGCGCCUCUCCAGCGUUCACAGCGAACGCUCCCGACCGCACCCAAGGGCGCAGCGCUGCCAGGCCAGGGUAGGGGUGCCCGCAGUCAGUAUUAGGGCGCAGGGAAGUCAGGAAGGACGCGCUGGCCGCUCGCCCUGGCCGGGGCCCGUUCUGUGCGGCCUUGCACGACCGCAGGUGCGGCUCUCGGCUCCCAGGCGCUGCUGUGGGAUCUGAAUUGGUAUUCUUGGCCUCUCAGAAGCCCAGGCGGCGGCAAAGCAAGGGGCAGGAUGUGGGCGGGCGGAACGAUGGGGCCCAGUCAGCUGCGCCAGCUUCCCGGGCUGACCCAAGGGACAGCGCAUCCCAUCCUGGGCCGCUGCCAUGCCUUUGGGACCUGGGUCAUAAAGGGAUUAGCACUUUUCCUUAGCCUUGCCUGCUCAGAGAGCUUCUGUUACCCACCCAGUGAAAGCGGCGGCCGCGCUCCUGGUCUAGCGCCAGCGUCCUGAGAGCUCAGAACACGGGGCGGUUAGUCUGUUACUGCCACCUCUGAACGUGAUUUGUCUUCGGUGGGUGCAACACCGGUUCUCAGCUCCCAGGGCCUGGGGCCCGGCCUUGGCCUCUGUUGCUCUUACUCAUGGUGCCAGAAGGGCCCCUAAUCUCCCAGGCAGGUCCGAGAGGGAUGUGUAGAUUCAUUCUCCCGUGGAGAACAGGUGGUCCCGAGAUCAGGCCCUUUUUUGCUCUUUGUAUUUUAUUUUGAAACUGUAUUUAAUGCUUUUUAUAUGAAAGGGCGGGGGGAACUGGCCCAAUCACCCUUAUGUGCAAAUGUCUUAUUUAUUAUGCGUGUAUCAGAGAUAAGCUGUGCGGUGGUGGAGGGAGGAUAGAGAUGGGCUUGUGGCGAGGAGAUUGGAGGAUACUAAAUAUCCCAUGAUCACCUGGCUUUGUUUCUAGGUACAGUGUCUGCUCUUCACAGAGGGAAGCCACUGCAGGCACUGUACCCUCCUUUUAAAGUCAGGGUGCGGUGGUCAGGAGAUGGGACUUGGGAGGGGCCCUGGGUUCUGGGGCCAGUGCAGCCCGUGGUGAGAAAAUAACAAGAAAUCCCUUCUCUCACCUGCCAGAGCCAGAGCUCAAGGUUCAAGUGCCUCAGGCCCAGUUCCCUAGACUUACUGGUGGAGAGUUGGAUUUUAUACCAUGGGUUUUAUAGCAUUUUUAUAUAAUUCAAGAUUGUCAGUGGGAAGGUACCCUGGAGAUCACAAAUUGAUCCCUUUUAGAGAGAGGAGCAAAAUUUCAAAACCCAGAAAUUAUUACUUAGCCAGCUAGGUACACGUCAAGAACUAGGACUAAAAUCUCAACUUCCAGUUCAGUGAGCUUUGCACUAUAUUUCACUGCUUCCAAUCUGGCAAGUUCUUUACCCUUUGGGCACUGCAGGCCCACAGCACUUGACUCCUGAGGGCAGCAAAGCAUUGUACUUCUGGGAGUGAGGAUGAAGGCAGCUUUCUGCACUGCAGGCCUGUGAGGGUGUGUGAGUGGGGGUUGGGGACAGGACUCCAGGUGUGGCCUACCUCUCUAGGAGAAUAAGGCUCAGUAUCAGUGCUUGUUUUGAAGCCAUCACACAUUCUGGAACUGGAACGGCUGCUGGUUCAGUUAAAUUCCAGUUUUGACCAGCCAGAAUUUUGGAGACAGUAUUAAAAUCCUGAGAACAGAGAUUAUGGAUUGUGCCAGGCUGGGCACUGACCCCGCCCCCUUUUUUUAAAUCCAUGUUUUUAAACUGAGCACUCUCUCCGACCUCUAUGCUAUCUUUUAGAAACAGUAGGCAAAAUUGGAGCUGCUGAUUGUCAUCGCCAGAGCUCACUGCUGAAGUGCAGCUUAGCUGGGGCAGAAGUUAGAAAUGGUUUUCCCCUUGAGAGGCAGCCUCAGACUAGCAUCAUUUUAGGCACUUGGCAGAGGUAGAUCCUGGGUCCACCUGAUUACCCACAGUGCAUUCUGAUCGACCUUUCUCAUACAGCUGCAGCCUAGGUGGUUGUCUGGCAAGUACCUCUGCAGUGAUUCUACCAUGAGUGGACCUAGGGCCUCAGGGGUCAAGGGGUUGGUGGGUCUCCUUCUCUCGGGAUUCUGAUUGAACAGAUGAAAUUCCUUCAUUGUUUUGUUAAUGGUAUGCUUGCUAUUAUGGUCCAUAUGUAAAUGUUACUCUGGAUACAUAUUUAUAUGCCAUGUUACUUAGUGACACUAUUCAAGCAUUUGUAUGUGUAUUUGUGAAGUUGUUUGCAUCAGUCAUUGAAAAAGUAUUUCAGCCUAAGUUUUCCCGAGAGGUAUGCUGAAUAAAAUCUUAAAAGUCUAGAAUGAGUCACAGCCAACUCAGUUUUGGGGCAGAGCAAGUCAGAUGAGUUCUGAUGUCAGACCAGAUGUACCAUGACCAGCUCAGUUUCAGCUUUUGGCAGUGUGUGGCCUGUAGGCUGCUUCCUGUGGUAAGUGGGGACCCUUCCCAUUCCCAGGGUGGUGAGGCUGAACCAGGCCCUUUCACUCAGGUCACUUCUAAGGUCACCAUUUAUAGGGUCUCUACUCCAUUUUAGAAA